AAACUACAACAUUGGAUGAUUCAUCAAAUGAAGCAUUACUUUGUCAAAUCGAUUGGCGCAGUGAGUGUUUACAGGAAAGAUUGAAAUUUACGAGAUGUGUUAAUGAACGGAUGCGAAUAUCAGAAUUAUUAAUUGUUAGUUUGAUCGAAGCAUAUGAGGUUGCUACUCAAUGUAUGGGAACAUUUUCAGUGGCCAAAUUGAACCAACGUAUUAAUGGUUUAUGUUCAAUGAUAAGUGAUUAUUUACGCAAUUUCUCAGGUAUUUCAUAA